AUAUCUGCAUGCUCAGCAGUAUUUAUAAGUAUAUACGGUGUCCCCUGUCUCCUUACAAGCACGUGUGUAACACUGUAUCUUAUGAAAACACUUAUCAGGAUAUUUUGUUAAAGUACAUGGAUGUUUAAAUAGAGUACACUUAACUUGGUAUGGCUGACAGUUCAAGAAUAACUAUUACUGUCCUACUGAGUUUAAUUGUCAUAGUAACAGUUCUGCUCUGUUUUAAUGCUGUACUGGUACCCUAUGUAAAGGUCUUCUUCUAUCCAUGUAAUAGCACCAGAGAUUCCUCAGCCCAACAGGUAUACAGAGUAUCUGGUAACCAAGAACAGCAUGGUGUAUAUGAAGCAGAGAUAGUAGAAACUGUUUACAUUGUCAAUGACAUUAAAAUAGAAGAGAAAAAACAAAACAGAAUCAAUCAAAGACCUAAAAAUAAUCCACAGUGUACAAAUAUAAGGAAUGAAGAUAGAUUUGAUUGUGAUCCUGAAGGGGCAAUAACUCAGUCUAACUGUGAGAAGAGAGGGUGUUGCUGGAGACCAGUAUUGAGACUGACAGUAAACCAGUCAGCAGGAAUAGUUCCUCCAUUGAAUGUUCCAUGGUGUUACUAUCCAUCUAAUUAUGAAGGUUACAAAGUUAAUAAAAUAUACAACACAAAAUUAGGAUUAAACGCAGAUCUGACAAGGACCACACCGUCACCUUACCCAGAAGCCAUCAAAGAUCUUACAGUCGAAAUAAGAUAUGAAACACAAUCAAGACUUAGAAUUAAGAUAUAUGACCCAGCUACUGUCAGAUAUGAGGUACCACUGAAUACACCUGACGUAUCACAAGCUGUCAAUAAUACACUGUAUACAGUCAGUGUCAGUAAACCUACAGAAAGAUUUAGUGUAUCUGUUAUCAGGAAAGAUAACUCUGUAGCUUUAAUAAAUACAACUGGAGCAUCACCUUUGACCUUCUGUAAUCAGUUUAUUGAGCUGUCCAGUUUUUUGCCAUCAAGUUUUAUUUAUGGUUUAGGAGAACACCGUGGACCAUUACUACACAAUGUCAACUGGACCAGAUAUACUAUGUGGAACAAAGACAACCCACCACAUGAGAAGGCAAAUCUGUAUGGAUCCCAUCCAUUUUAUCUAGUUAUGGAGAAUGACGGGAAAAGUCAUGGUGUAUUUUUACUGAACAGUAAUGCCAUGGAUGUGAUAUUACAACCAGCCCCAGCUAUAACAUGGAGAACUAUAGGAGGAAUUAUAGAUCUGUAUGUCUUCAUGGGACCUACUCCUGGGGAGGUCAUACAGCAAUACACAGAGGUCAUAGGUCAUUCAUUUAUGCCACCGUAUUGGAGUUUAGGAUUUCAUCUGUGUAGGUGGGGCUACAAAACAGCCAAUGAGACACUUGCUGUAGUAGAAAAAAACAGACAGGCUGGUAUACCUCAGGAUGUCCAGUGGAAUGAUAUAGACUAUAUGGACAGCAAGAAAGAUUUCACAUAUUCUACAGAAUUUGGUGAUAUGCCUGCAAUGGUCAACACUUUACAUAACAAAGGAAUGCAUUAUAUAAUGAUUAUGGAUCCAGGUAUAAGUAAUAAGUCCCCUGGGAAUUAUGGACCAUUUGACUUAGGAAUAAAGAUGGACAUAUUUAUCAAGGAUAGUCAAGGAAAACCACUUAUAGGAAAGGUAUGGCCAGGUAAUGUAGUUUUUCCUGACUUCACAAACAACAGAUCCUUUGACUACUGGACACAACUUGUAAAGAGUUUUCAUGACAAAGUACAGUUUGAUGGAAUGUGGAUUGACAUGAAUGAGAUAUCAAAUUUUGUAGCAGGAUCUAUUAACAGUUGUCCUAAGAAUUCCAUAGAAGAUCCUCCAUAUGUCCCAGAUGUUGCAGGAGGAAGCCUGAGAUUUUCUACAAUUUGCGCCACAUCACAACAGAACUUAUCUAUAUCAUACAACGUACAUAAUCUAUAUGGACUAACUGAAACUCAGGCGACUUACACGGCACUUAAAACUGUCAGAAACAAAAGACCAUUUAUCAUCUCAAGGUCAACAUAUGCUGGUCAAGGUUAUUAUGGUGGACACUGGUCAGGAGAUAAUUUUGCUACAUAUCAUGACAUGGCAAUGUCUAUACCAGAGCUAUUAAACUUUAACAUGUUUGGUAUAUCAAUGAUUGGAGCUGAUAUUUGUGGAUUUCAACUGGAUACCACAGAAGAACUUUGUCAGAGAUGGUACCAGUUAGGAGCAUUUUAUCCUUUCUCAAGGAGCCAUAACUCUGUCGGACUGAAGCCUCAAGACCCAGCUUCGUUCAGUCAGGACCUUAUAGAAUCAACAAAGACAGCCUAUAUGAUCAGAUAUUCUUUGUUACCAUAUUUAUAUACACUGUUUCAUAAAAGUCAUAUGAUGGGAGAAACUGUCGCAAGGCCUUUGUUCUUUGAGUUUCCACAGGACAAAAACACUUAUAGUAUAGAUAGUCAGUUUUUAUGGGGAAGUUCACUGAUGAUUUCUCCUGCCCUUGAAAAGGGAACAACCAGUAUUGGUGCUUACUUUCCAACAGGUGUAUGGUACGAUUGGUAUACAGGUGGCGCUAUAUGUAGUAAUGGUUCUGUGGUCAAAUUAGCAGCCCCUGCUAACAAGAUAAAUCUUCAUGUCAGAGGAGGGUCCAUUCUUACUCUACAGGAUCCAGAUUUGACAACAACCCUCAGUCGUAAGAACAAAUUCUCUUUGGUGGUAUCAUUGGAUGUCAAUGGAACAGCACAAGGGGAUCUCUUCUGGGACGAUGGGGAUACCAUAGGUACUCACACAAUGGGAAAGUUUAACAUGAUCAGAUUUCUGACAUCUAAGAAUACAGUGACAAACAAUGUUAUGUAUGCAGGCUAUACUGAUGAACCUAUGAUACUGAGAUCUAUUGUAGUGUAUGGUGUCUUACACAAACCAUCUACAGUUAAAUUAAAUGGCAUGGCUAUAAGUCAAUUCACAUAUGAUGAUAACUUACAUGUUUUAAGAGCACAAGGUAUUGCAGCCAACAUGUUAAAGACAUUUACUUUUCAAUGGGUGUAGAGAAAAGAUAGAGAAUCAAUUAAAGGAAUGUCUUAUCUUUUUUUAAGACAUUUACAUUCCACUGGAUGUAGAGAAAGAUAGAGAGAAAUAAGUUUAUUUCCCAAUGACAUUGGAUUAUCUGUCAAUUGAAAGAAUUCCAAAUAUUAUUUUGUUGAUAAUUUUUAUUUAAUUAUGCAUCAAUAUUGUCCAUCUUCAAUGUUGGAUAUCAACAGUACUCAUCUCUCUUUUGAACUCCUAUUGAUUCUAUGAUUAAAUGAUUUGAUUGUAAUAUGGUACAUUGCAUCAUUAAUGUGUCAAGAUAUUGUUAUUAACAAAAAUUAUUUAUGUUGAAAGGAAUGUUUAUAAGUCUUUUAUUUUUUACCAGUGUGAUUUUUUUAUCAGUAUGAUUUUUUACUAGUCUGACAAAAGUUUGGAAGGCGUGACAUAGCCAUCGUAGAUUCCAUUAUAACGGUCAAUAUUCAGUUCAGCCUUUGUUAAAAAGUCUUUUUAGACAGAUACAACUUUAUCAAACCUUCAUUGAAUAUUAUAAUAUUUGGAAAAAAACUUCUUCAUGAUCAAGAGAUAAUACUUGAAGUGCUAUUUUUGAAUGUAAUCAAAAUUUCCAAUUGUUGUUUUUUUUUUUAAGUUAAUAUUUCAACACAGUGUGUGGUUCAUUUUAUUUUAAACAUUAAUAUCUUUUUAAACCAUCAUGGAAUUAUUUGAAAUCUUAUUUUUGCAGUUAAAACUUUUCUGUGGAUGUAAAACUAUUACACGGACAGCUGUAGGUAUAGGCAAGGAAAAAAGGUUUUCUUGCAAGAUUGAUGACUUUUUACUUCAGGUGCUUAUUCUAUACGUCAGGGAUCAAAUCUUUAAUAUUUAAAGAUGUAACAGUGCAAUUUCAAGGUAAAUUGUGUUAUAUGAGCCUGUUAUAGUAUUGGUAUUGUUAUAUAAUGCUUAUAUUAAGUAAGGCAUUAAUCUGUGUAUGUGGCAUUUAAUGCACACAAAUCCUCAAAUAUUCUGUUCAAUUUAAUUUUGUGUAUAGAACACUUCUUCAAUUUAUAUAGAUACUUAUGGACACAUUUAGUUACUAGGGUUCCACAAUAUAAAAUUGGAAAAAAAGAUAUAACACAGGAGAUUAUGUUAGAACAAAAAUAAAUGUGUUAUUGAGAUCUAAGGAGUUCAAUGAACCCUGUUGGUUCAAUAUAUAAAUAUUUGUUCUUGUAUUUAUUCCUUAUCAUUAUUAUUAUUUGAAAUGAUUUUUAUUGAUAAAUCAAGUUGUCUUUCAUUAUUGAUAGUAAUUGUAUAUUGCUUCAAAAGCUUUUGAUUUUGUAUUAAAGUUUUCAUUAAAAUAAAUUGUUAGAACUA